UCCUCCCACUUUAGAGUGUUGUGUGUUUUGACCUUUUUGGGCUUUCAGCUUAAAUGAACUUCAAGAUGGCAUCGUACAGUCUAGCGAUUGCAGUGCUGUGUGUUGCAGCAGGACUAGGAGAGUGUACUAAAGGCGUAGAUGUCUCUAGUUCUGUCUCUACUAGUGAUCUAGAAUGCUUGAAGAAUGAUGGGUAUGAGUUUAUCAUUGUGAGGGCGUACAGAAGCUUAGGGAGUCCAGACCCUGACGCAGUGACAACACUUGCAAAUGCUCGCAAUGCUGGCAUUAAGUAUGCAGAUGUCUACCUGUUCCCUUGCCCAAAGUGUAGCAAGUCAGCUACUGUACAAGUGGACGAAAUGGUAAAUGCCCUGCGUAAUUCAUCCUAUGGUCAGAUAUGGCUGGAUAUUGAGGGAUCUGAAUACUGGCUAGGGAGUGCAUCAGCCAACCAGAAGUUCUUUGCGGAAUUACUGUCUGCAGCAACGAGUAAAAAGACGACUGGAGUGUACGCUAGUGAGUCCCAGUGGAGCGAGAUAAUGGGGAGUGGUUAUACAGGAGGAAGCGGUCAUCAGCUGUGGUACGCUCACUAUGACAACAAUCCAUCCUUCAGCGACUUCCGGUCAUUUGGAGGGUGGAAUAAACCCGCCAUUAAACAGUAUGCUGGGGACAAGAGUGUCUGUGGAGCUGGUGUGGACUUGAAUUAUUAUUGAACACACAGUAGACAUUUUUAUGUGUUCAAACUGGUUAGCUUUCAGAGAGUAAAUCAUUGUAAACAGAGCUGAAACGUAUGUGAAAUUGUGUUCCAUUGAGAAGUUUCUAUAGAAAA